GACACACGGCCCCACCGCGCCACAACCAAACUGUCAGUGCCCUAGGCUGCAGUGCUGAUGCCACUCUCAGCUCGGCAUCACUCCGCGACAAGCCGCACGGGGGGUGGCCUCACCGGCGGAGCAGCACAACUGUCCGAUGGCCCAUCCGGCCAGGCCCCCACUGCCCCGUCUCCCCGCCACGAGGCCCCAUCGCUGGGUGAUCCGCUCACCGCCCCCCCGGCUAGCAGCUACUAGCCCUACUGCUCCGGUGUGGCCGCCUGCACGUCGCUUAGGAGUAGGCUCUAGUCGCCACCGCUAUUAUUACCCCUAUCGCUUGAUUACAAGUCGCAAGCGCCUUCGUCUCUUGGUGGCAGCGGGCAGCGGCAGCGCCACGGCCACUCCCAGGUCCCGGAUCGAUCGCCAUCGCCGAUGGAGCCGUCGCGGCGGCUCCUGCUGUCGGACUACGACGGCGCGAUCGAGUCGCCGAUGCCGUCGCCGCCGCCCUCGUCGGCGACGCCGUUCCGCCCCGGGGUGGCCGUCGUCGUGGGCAUCCUCACCAGCGUCUUCUCCAUCACGUUCCUCCUCCUGCUCUACGCCAAGCACUGCAAGCGCAGCGCCGCGGAGUCGUCGGGGCCCUACGGGUCCGCCGGCGGCGGCGGCGGAGGCGGGUUCGGGUCCUCCGGCGCCGGGGCCGCGGGGGACCGGAGGAACUCCGGCGUCGACCGCGCCGUCGUGGAGUCGCUCCCCGUGUUCCGGUACGGCGCGCUGCGCGGGCAGAAGGAAGGGCUCGAGUGCGCCGUCUGCCUCGGCCGGUUCGAGCCCACGGAGGCGCUCCGGUUGCUGCCCAAGUGCCGCCACGGGUUCCACGUCGAGUGCGUCGACACCUGGCUCGACGCCCACUCCACCUGCCCGCUCUGCCGCUCCCGCGUCGACCCGGAGGACGUGCUCCUCCUCCCGGAGCCGCCCAAGCCGUCGACAACUGGCCCGCCCGACCCGCCGGAGACCAAGGCCGCCACCAAAGAGGCGCCGCAACAAACCGCUCCUGCUCCGUCGCCCGCGCCGGCUGGACGGAGGAUCUCUGGGCGGCACUCCACGGGGUCGGUGCGCGCGCCGGGCCGGGUCGGCCCUAGCUCGCGGCGGUCGGCCGACGGCGGCGUAGCGGUGGGGUGCUUCGACAGCGCGAAGGUGCGCAAGGACCGGGUCCUGCUGGUGGAGCCGGCGGCCGUGGUGGCGGAGCCGGAUCCGGAGGCGUUCGACCGUCGGUUCGGGCACCGCAUCCUGGUGAGCACCGCCGGCGGGUGCGAGGGCGAGACGGCCCCCGCGGCGCAGCAGCGGUGGAGCGACCUGCGCCCGUCCGACCUCAUGUUCGUCCGCUCCGAGUUCCUCGUCACCGACGCCGGCCGCUACUCCUGCUCCGCCGCCGUCAACUCCGGCAGCGCCAGGAGCGCCAUCGGCGUGCGGAGCCUGUCGGAGCUGGCGGGCGUGUGCCGCCUCCCGCCCAUCCGCGCCGGGGCGUGCGAGGGCGACGACGAGCCGCGGGGCGGCGGCGCGCGGCGGUGGCCCGGGUCCAGCUGGUGGGGGGCGCCGCGGGGCCCGCACGCGCCCGCCCGUAACGGCCCUAGCGCCUGCUAGGCCGGCUACUGUUGCGCAGGGGCCCACCUUGCAGCCGGGAGAAAAGUUUUAUCUGCCGUCGACGUUGCCGAGCUUACCCCCGGAGAUGGUGCCGAAUUACGGAGCGGUAAAGCCACGGCCCGCGGCCUUUCGUUCCCGCCGGCGUGGUCACGUGAUGGGCAGCGUGGUAAUUAUGGCGCCCUCCCCCAUCGUCCUCCCUCUUUUCGGGGCCACGCCGGCCGCGGCCUCGGAAGCCGCGCCGGAGCGCGAGGAGGAGACGGGGGAUGUUGCUUUCGCGGGAAUCUCGAGGCUGGUGUGUUGGUGGCUGGUUUGGUUAGCAAGAAGUACGUGCGGAGCGGAUUGGGCGCGGCCCGCGGAUGGCGCCGCGGAGGUCGAGGCUGGGUCUGGGUGGGUGGCCGGCCGCGGGGAUCCCCUGCGGCGGCCGGACGGGGAAGCACGCGGUGGUGUGGUGAAUGCUGUGGCCCGGUUCGUGCGGGGAGCGUACUAGCGGUCGCGCAGGUGAGGUUUUGGCGGCUUGCGUCGGCCGGGUCGGGGGUUGGGGAACCACACGAAAGCUGGGCGUGCGUGCGUGCGUGCGUGUGUUGGUGUACUAGUACUAGCGCUGCUCAAAAUUCUUUUGUCUGUAUGAAGAAACAAAAGUGCCGCGGCUUUUUGGUGUAAAGCAACUAUCCAGCAGGUGAAUGACUGACUUGGCCGGAGAGCUGCUACAA